UCGCUCUUGUGCCGUUUCAGUGCGUCGAGCGGCGGAGACAAGCGGAGCCUGCGCGUCUUUCCUCGUCUGUGCGUCCGCGGAGCAAAGAGGAGCAGCCGAGCCGAGCCGUGCCAAAGCGUGCCAAAGCGUGCCGUGCAUGCCCCGGACACACCGGGAGCAGGAGGAGGAAGAGGAGCAGGAUUCUUCUUCUUUACCAGUGUUUUGACUCCGUGAGACUUCCAGCGCUUGCUUUUCCCUCAUGGUCACCAACACCGCGCGGCCGCAGUCAUGUGGAAUAUCGUGUGGAAAGUGCCGCGUUUGUCACUGACGUGUUUUCUGCUCGCGCUGCUGCUGCGAGUUCAGGUGUCUCUGUCCACGGGUUACUUCGAGCUGCAGCUGGUGUCCGUGGAGAACCCGCGCGCGCAGCUGCUGAACGGCGACUGCUGCGACGCGGAGCGGAGCGCGGCGGAGGGAAGCUGCGGCGCGGACGAGUGCGACACGUACUUCCGCGUGUGUUUGAAGGAAUAUCAGAGCGAGGUGACGACCAGCGGGCCGUGCACCUACGGCUCGGAAACUACCAGAGUUAUCGGUGGGAAUACUUUUCACUUCAAGAGCCAGAAGAGCGGACUGAGCCGGAGCAGCGACGGCGGCAAGAUCACCAUCCCCUUCCAGUUCGCGUGGCCGCGAGCGUUCACUGUGAUAGUGGAGGCGUGGGACAGGGACAACGGCACACACAGCAGCAGUGAUGAGGAGCUGUUAAUCGAGCGCAGCAUCCACAAGGGGAUGAUCAACCCUGGAGAGGAGAAGCAGACGGUGGAGUAUAAAAGCCUGGUGGCCAGUCUGGAGUACACCAUCCGCGUGCGCUGUGACGAACACUAUUACGGCAGCAAGUGCAACAAAGUGUGCCGUCCACGCGACGACUACUUUGGCCACUAUGUGUGCGAUCAGUUUGGAAACCAAGGCUGCAUGGAAGGAUGGACCGGACCCGACUGCAAAACAGCCAUCUGUAAGCAGGGAUGCAGCGUCCAGCACGGGACUUGCAGCGCGCCAGGAGAAUGCAAGUGUAACUACGGCUGGCAGGGACCCUUCUGUGACGAGUGUCUCCCGUACCCCGGCUGUGUCCACGGCACCUGCACUGAGCCGUGGCAGUGUUCCUGUGAGAAGAACUGGGGGGGUCUGCUCUGUGACAAAGAUCUGAACUACUGUGGCACAAACCGUCCUUGUAAGAACGGAGGCACCUGCAUGAACACGGAGCCGGACGAGUACAACUGCGCGUGUCCAGACGGAUACUCGGGCAAGAACUGUGAGAUCGCCGAACACGCCUGCGUCUCUAACCCGUGUGCAAGCGGAGGGACGUGUCACGAAGUCCCGUCAGGCUUCGAGUGUCACUGUCCCGCGGGCUGGUCUGGACCCACCUGCGCUAAAGACACGGACGAAUGCGCCUCGGGUCCGUGUGCUCAGGGCGGGACCUGCAUCGACAUGGAGAACGGCUUCAAGUGUCUCUGUCCUCCACAGUGGACGGGAAAGACCUGCCAGAUCGACGUGUCUGAGUGCGCGGGGAUCAAGCCUUGCAUCAAUGCUUACUCUUGCAAAAACUUGAUUGGUGGAUAUCACUGUGCCUGCUUUCGUGGAUGGGUGGGCAAGAACUGUGACAUCAAUGUGAACAGCUGCCACGGACAGUGUCAGAAUGGAGGAACCUGCAAGGACGUGGCCAGAGGCUACCAGUGCGUGUGCCAGCCGGGAUUCGUGGGCCGGCACUGCGAGCUUCAGAGGAACCGCUGCUCCAGUGGCCCUUGUAGAAACGGGGGCCGCUGCCACGCCCUGCUGGACGGCUUCAUGUGUGAAUGUCCUCCAGGCUUCGCUGGCACCACCUGUGAGGUGCAGAACGACCCGUGCAGCCCUAACCCGUGUCACAACAAGGCCCAGUGCCACGGCCUGACGGGCGACUUCUACUGCGGCUGCCCGGACGACUACGAGGGCAAAACCUGCUCGGAGCUCAAAGAUCACUGCAAGACCAAUCAGUGUGAAGUGAUUGACAGUUGCACGGUCGCCGUGGCAACCAACGACACCCAAACGCGGGUGCGGCACAUCUCGUCCAACGUGUGCGGUCCCCACGGCCGCUGCAUCAGUCUGCCUGCGGGGAACUUCAGCUGCUCCUGUGAGCCUGGAUUCACUGGCACCUACUGCCACGAGAACAUCAACGACUGCGCGUCGUCCCCGUGUAAGAGCGGCGGCACCUGCAUCGACGGGAUCAACACCUUCCAGUGCUUCUGUCCGGACGGCUGGGAGGGCGAUCUGUGUGACGCCGAUGUGAACGAGUGCAGCAGGAAUCCGUGUCAGAACGGUGGCCAGUGCGUCGACCUGCUCAACGACUUCUACUGCGACUGUGUGGACAACUGGAAAGGAAAGACCUGCCACUCACGCGAGAGCCAGUGCGACUCCACGACCUGCAGCAACGGCGGGACGUGUUACGACCACGGAGACUCCUUCCUGUGCAGCUGUCCCUCGGGCUGGGGGGGCAGCACCUGCAACACAGCCAAGAACAGCUCGUGUGACUCGGGCCCGUGUCAGAACGGCGGCACGUGCGUCGGCGGCGGCGGCGACGCCUUCACGUGCAUCUGCAGGGACGGAUGGGAGGGAGCCUCGUGCGCACAGGAUGUCGAUGACUGUAAUCCACAUCCCUGCUACAACGGCGGCGUGUGCGUUGACGGCGUGAACUGGUUCCGUUGUGAAUGCGCCCCAGGAUUCGCCGGACCGGACUGCCGCAUCAACAUCGACGAGUGUCAGUCGUCUCCAUGUGCUGAAGGUUCCACCUGCGAGGACGAAAUCAACGGCUACCGCUGCGUUUGUCCGCCCGGACACGCUGGAGCUCGCUGUCAAGAGUUCAUCGGACUGGGGAAGUCGUGUCGUCACGCCGGGCUGCAGUUUCCUCACGGCAGUCGUUGGGAGGAGGAGUGUAACACGUGUCAGUGUGUUAACGGUCACGUCCACUGCUCCAAGGUGAGGUGCGGUCGUCGGCCAUGUCUCCUCCCUAAGGCUCCUCCCCUUCCUCUUCCCGUGAACGGGAACCCUCCUCCGUGUCCCGGAGGUCACGAGUGUGUGGAGCAUCAGUUUCUCACCUGCUUCUCGCCGCCGUGUCACCAGUGGGGGGUGUGUUCCAUGCCGGAUCCGCCCACGCCGCUGCACACACAGUGCGAGCCCAACAGCGGUUACCUUGACAACAGCUGCGCUCGCAUCACGCUCAUCUUCAAGAAGGACAAAGUGCCGCAGGGCACCACGGUGGAGAACAUCUGCUCAGAGCUCAGGUAUCUCCCUGUGACUCAGACUCUGGCUGAAGAGCGAGCGCUGCUCAUCCUCUGUGAUCUGUCCUACACCAACAGUGAUGCUGUGGAGGUCGCCAUGUCCUUCGAGCAGGACGGGAAGUCGUCGAAGGACGGCGACCGCGGUCAGAUCCACAACGCCGCCAGCUCCAUCGUCAACGCUCUGUCCAAACGCCACAACAGCACGGUAAUGUUGGCUGUGGUGGAGGUCAAAGUGGAGACGGUGGUCAAAGAUCCUCCUACUGGUUACCUGGUGCCGGUGCUGUGCGUCGUCUUCAGCGUCCUGUGGAUCUUCUGCAUCGUGGUCUGCGUGUGGUGGACCCGCAAGAGGAAGAAAGAGCGCGAGAGAGCGUCGCGCGCCCAGGACAGGACCGUCAACAACCAGCUGGAGGCGCCGCCCCCACGCGGCCACGCCCUCAAGGACAACCGCGACAAAGACAUUCAGUACGAAUGCAAGAAGCUGAUGAGCUCGUCCGAGAGGACGUGCGACGGCGCCGAGGGCGAGGAGGAGGACGAUGAGGAGGCGGAGCAAGAGCUGACGCUGGAGCUGGAGGACGACGAGGGGUGGGCACUGGGCUCUGGGGACGGGAAGUGUCCCCCGUCCCAGAAAUGUUCCGUGUCGGCGCCAUUUCAGGACAGAGGGAUGAUGGGAAAGAGGGGUGUGGUCUGCACGACGCGCAGCGCUCCGGUGAAGGCGCCGCACCGGACGGCGUACAGUCCCAAAGACAACCGGUGUAAAAACCUCAACGCCGCCAAACUCAGCGACGACAUUAAAGACCACUAUGUGUGACACGCUGACCUUUGACCUUUCUUACAAACAACACCAAACGUGAAGAUUACAGAGGCUUUCAUUUUUGUAUUUUUUUGCUUUGUUUUCGCCUGAGACAACGACAACAAC